UGUGCACGGAAACUAUUGCCAGUGUUGUUAACCUCUGCUCGGACAGCUGUUUAUUACUUCAUCGCCGCAUAAAAGGCUUAAUAUUUAUCAAUUGAAAAUGCAAAGCUCCCAAUAUUUGAGUCAAUUUAACACCGCCGACAAACUGGCUGAGGAGCCUUGGCCCGAAGAUGCCACACUCUAUCAGCCCUUUGAGGCGGAACAAAUUUUAUUGCCGGAGAGCGCUAGCUGCCUGGCUGUCAAGGCAUAUUUGAAGAUGUGCAAUCUGCCCUUUGGCGUGCGCUCUUGCGCUAAUGCGGAGCACAUGUCACCCGGCGGACGGAUGACCAAAUUACCAUUUAUACGCGCGGGCGCGUUCAUUUUUGCUGAAUUCGAGCCAAUUGUGAAUUUUGUGGAACAAAAGGACAUGGCAAUAGGUAGCUGGCAGGAUGAAGACGAGAAGGCAGAUAUGCGUACAUAUGUCUCGCUAGUGGAAAACAUCUUUACAAUGGCGGAAUUGUAUGUAAGCUUUAAGAACGAGCGCGUCUACAAAGAGAUAACAGCACCCCGCAAUGGAGCCGUAUACCCCUGGCCAUUAAACUUAAUGCAAAACUAUAGCAAACGUCGCAAUGCACUACGCCAACUGAAGGUGUAUCAGUGGCACGAUCUGAGCAUCGAUCAUGUCAUCGAGAAAGUGGCCAAAUGUUGUGAGACGCUUGAAUAUAAACUGAAAGAAUCACCAGAUACACCCUUCUUCUUUGGUGAUCAGCCAUGUGAAUUGGAUGCCAUUGCCUUUGGUCAUUUAUUCACCAUAUUAACAACAAGGCUCCCCAACAUGGCGCUGGCACAAACUGUGCAAAAAUUUGGGCAUCUGGUGGCAUUUUGUCGCUUCAUCGAUGAGAAAUACUUUCAGAUGAGGUGCUUGCAAGACUAGUUAUUUGAUGGUUUUCACUGUUAUUAUUUUGUGCAUAUAGAAUAUAUGGCAAAAUUAUCUAUUUUCUUAAGCUUUCGAUAUUGUUGGCCCACACUUUUAAUAAUUUUGUGUUAUGCAUUUAUCCUCACAUGCCAAGAUAAUCAACAUGAUUUGUACUAUAUAAGUUAACAUAUUGCCAUUUGUUUUUUUUUAUGCUCACGGCUUGGCUUCAGCAAACGCCAAAUUCAAUUAUGGAAUAUUUUGACUUGAAUUAAUAACAACAUUUUUCUUACAGCAAAUAAACAAAUAUUACUGGCCGCGUUUAACAAAUAUUAUAUUCAAUAAAUUCGAACUCGUUCUCUUAAUCAUUUUAACCUAGCCUUUCUAAAUAAAUAAAUGCCAAAUUUUGGUUACAAAUGAAUCGAAAGAAACAUUUAUCGUAUCGCCUUAAUGUAGGCAUUUGAAAUUUAACAGACUAUUUUGUAUUUAACAGAGUUGCUUCCCCAAUUUACAAAACGUAGCGAUGAUUUUUUUUCCUUAUCGAUAGGUCGAAUUUCUGCAUUGACCAUUUUGUUUUGGAAAUGCAGACUAUUUGUCGAAAGUAAAUUAAAAUACGCGGACAAGCCAAUUUUGUACUGAUACAAUUCGGAAGAGUGCUGCAAUGGAAAGACAGAAAAGGAAUAAAGAAGCUGAUAGAAUAAUGAAACAAAAAAUAAAAAAUUCAAAGCGGCCAAAAGUAAAAGCAGCCUGGAAGCCGAACGACAUUUAUAAGCUAAUACGCGAGGUGAAAAAGGAAUUAUGCAUUUGGAGCUCGCAUAACAUGAGGAAUGGCAAUAAACAUGAAAGAAAGGAGGCCUGGUCAAGAAUAUCCGCUGAAUUUAAAGGCAAAUAUGAUGAGGAUGAAGUACACGCAAAGUGGACGAGUCUGCGAUCACAAUAUCGUCAAGCACAAAGAAACAAAAUGUUCAGUUGGAAAUACUUUAAGACACUUUCCUUCAUCGUUGACAGUCCGCCUGAAGCGGCUGCUCCUGCAAAAAGCCCUACACCAUCUAUAUCCAUCUGCUCCAUUGGGGACAGCAAUGACAGUGCAUUGGACACCGCAUCGAUGUCUGGCGUUGAAACAGUCACAGCCGACGUUUCAUUGCCCAUGACCACAUUUUCAGAGACCUUUUUAAACCAUAGUAUCACACAGUCAGCUGCGGAUGUGGCCUAUCCCACAUGUCAGCUAGGAGAUAGGAAUGAGGCCUUGAUGGCAUUUUUGCUCAGCGAAUUGCAAACACUGCGCGAAGAGGAUGCAAAUAUUUUGCGGUGUCGUCUGCAACGAACUUUGCUGGAGUUUAAUGAGGAAAGGCAGACUAAUUUGGCCAUCAACACUGUGCAGCUCAGCGACGUAAAGCCUGUUUUGUAGUUUAUAGUAUAAGCAAACUAUGUAAAAUGUAAAAUAAAUAAAUAAGCAUCUAAAAAAACUUCAA